GUUUGACAGUAUUCACCACUGACCAUUUUAAUAGUCACGUUCAGUCAAAGUAAGCAGACUCAACUCGAGUAAGCAGCAAUGUGCAAUAGAAAUUACACAAGAUGUGAAUUUGUGUAUGCGUGCAGGAUCAGGAGGCACCGUACUACCUGGGCAUGUGUUACGAGAAUGGCUGGGGCACUGCGGCAGAUCUGCAGCAGGCAGCGGAACUGUACUCAAAGGCGGCGAAUGAUGGCCAUAUUGCUGCUACUCACAGCCUUGGUUAUUUCUAUGAGCACGGCUUGGGAGGAUUAAUGGCCAACAAGUCAUUUGCCGAGGAACUGUACAAAAUGGCCGCAGAUCUUGGUGAUAUCAGCGCUCAACUUGAUUUGGAGAGAUUGCAGGCUUUUGAAGCCAUUGCUAGCGACAAAG